AUGGCAGGGGAGACUAAAGACAAUUCAUUGCCCAAAAAUGGCCUCUUAUCCGCCAGAUCAUCCGACGGAAAAUUCAGUCGGCGGUUGACCGACGAUGAGUUCGACCGAUACUCACGCCAGAUGAUCGUCCCUGGCAUGGGAAGGGAAGGUCAACUUCGUCUUAUUGAAUCUCGACUCCUCAUCAUUGGGGCUGGUGGUCUCGGCUGCCCCGCUGCCCAGUACAUUGCCGGGGCCGGGGUUGGGACCAUUGGUAUCGUUGAUGGCGAUAUCGUUGAGGCAUCGAACCUUCAUCGUCAAGUUGGGCACGCGACAUCUCGGCUCGGCAUGAAGAAGGUUGACAGUCUUAUCACACACCUUAAGGCCCUCAACCCCUUGCCGACUUAUAUCCCCUACGACUUCCAGCUUACUCCCCAAAACGCCGCAGAUAUCAUCUCACAAUACGAUCUCGUACUAGACUGUACCGAUCACCCAAUCACACGUUAUCUCAUCUCCGACAUCUGCGUCCUCACACAGAAACCUCUCGUUUCGGCGGCAGCCGUUCAAAAGUCCGGUCAACUGACUGUUCUCAACUGCCCACCAGCGCCCCAGGGCCUUGUUGACGGGGAGUACCCCCCUUGUUACCGGUGUUGCUUUCGCAAGCCCCCACCGCCCAGCUCGAUGGUCUCUUGCGGCGAGGCCGGCAUCAUGGGUCCCGUCGUCGGAAUGAUGGGUAUGGCCCAAGCGGGCGAAGCCAUCAAGAUUCUAGCAUCCGGUCUGCACUUACCACCCCCAACAUCCGAUGAUAACACAGCACCGCCGCUGGAACGGAACCUCGCCCGACCCACGUUAUUGAUCUACACCUACGACUUAGACAGUGCCGUUGGCCCAUACUCUUUCCGGGCUCUCAAGAUGGGCGGGCGCAAGAAGAACUGUUUUGCUUGCGGUGAAGGCUCAACACUGACCCUAGACGGCAUCAAGACGGGCAACCCAGACUACGUACAGUUUUGUAGUGCCCCCACGAUCAACGUUAGACUCCCUCCAGAACAGCGGAUAACUGCCGUUGCGUAUCAUGCCGCGAAGGAGAAGGGCGAGUUACCGGCACAUAUCCUGGUUGACACACGGGAGAAAGAGCACUUCUCGUUUGGGAGUCUUGAAGGCGCGGUGAAUAUGCCGUUUGGCCGGUUUCUAAUGAACGCUGCUGCGGUUAAGCGGACCGGGGGGUCGGCAAGGGACUUGUUACCAACAGGGGCGGCGGACGGGGACGCCCCUAUUUUUGUGGUUUGCCGGACAGGACAAGACUCACAAGAGACCGUCGAAAAGUUGAGAGAGCUAGGGCUGGAUAAUGGCGGUCAAAGGAAAAUUGUGGACAUAAUGGGGGGACUGAGAGCGUGGAAGCAGGAUGUCGAUCCCACAUUUCCGUUCAUAUGA